AUGCAUCCUAUCCUCGUCUCCUUCCCGCUCUCCCUCUUCUUCGUCUCCGUCGUCACGACGAAGACGCUCCGCCUCUUUCUCAAUGCCCACUCCUUCUCCCUCCCCGUCUUUACCCUCUUCCUGCCCGUCUUCGUCCUCACCGACAUCGUUCUGAUAUGCACCCUUCGUCUGCUGCUACGCCGCAGUGAUGGCCUCAGGCUCCUGGGCUUCACUCUGGCCAUCGUCACGAGUCUCGUCACCUUCUGCGCCGCCACCUCCAAGCUCAGCUUCUUCUGGCAAACCGGUGGUGAGAUCGAUUGGUCCGACACGUCUUCCUUCGCCUUCACCGAAGAAGGCCUCAACGUCUUGCUUAGUGGCCUGAGCACGGCCAUCACCGUCGGCGCCAUACUCUUUGUCAUCUCCUGGAUCAUCAAGAACUUGGUCAACAGGGCCGUCGCGACCUUCAUAGAAGGCGUGGAGAUCCAAUUCACCUCUAUUUUGCGAUUCGGCGCCUCGCGGAUGGGAUGGAGGCUGCCCGGAAAACGAGAGGACGAAGGAUACCUCCUCCCGCUGCGGCAGAUCUCGAGCAGUGACGGCACCGACGAGGACGACGACAACUAUGAGGAUGACGAGGACAUGCUGUCGAGCGAAGGCACCCUGCCUGUGGAUGAACACCACAUGCUGUCGGAAAAGUCCUCCUCGCGACGCCGUCUCGUCUUGUCGUGUGUGGCCGGCACCAUCCUCGUCGCCUUCGUCGUCAACGUCGUCAUGUACCCCGACCUCCCCUACACUCGCGUCCUCACUACGCUCCCGCUUCCGCUGCUGGGCGUCUUCAGGGGUGAAUCUCAAAACUGCUACGGUGGUUCAUGGCCCUACCCGGAACUGAUCAGCAAGUCCAGAUGGGAGAUGCCGAACGGCUACUUCAAGGGCUGGGCGCCCGGCGCCGAUAACAAGCUCAUUCGAAAAUAUAGACAGCGAAGACCGAGCUGGUUGCCCGACCCGGUACCAAUGGGCUUCGAGAGGUGGGAUCCCGAAUCGAGGCUGAACGUCACCCUGAGUGCGAGCCUCGCCUCAACAUCCACCCACCUGUCGACCACAACCAUCGCCGGCCUCACGAGCACGGCAGCACUUCUGACAAGCACGCAUGCGACGACUUCAUCGAGCACGCAUGCGACGACCUCGUCGACCACCACCAUGGUGUCUACCACCACUACCACUACGUCGUCGACCACCACCACCAUAUCGUCGACCACCACCACCACCACCACCACCACAACGUCGACCACCACCUCUACAUCAUCGACCACCACCACCACAUCGACGACGUCGACCACUUCGAUUGCCCCGCCGACCACUUCAAUUGCCCCGUCGACCACUUCGAUUGCCUCGUCGACGACGUUGAUGGUUUCGUCGAGCACCCCGAUUGACCCAUCGACCUCAGCCGUGCCUUCGUCGGCCGUGACAGUUCCAUCUGCUGGGGCAGAUACAAAAUCGAAGCACAAGCGACAGGAAGACGACGGCGAAGGUGGCUCUUUCACAACCGACUCUCUACCGAGUAUGCCGUCACCCAAUGACGCGUGCCCCGAGCUUGACGACGCAGACCCCUACUACAACCCCGUCAACGACCCGUUGAAAAUCACCAACCUGGACAACGAGCUUCUGAAACCGUUGCAAAAGACGCUGAGCUCCAUCGACAUCAAGCACGUCGCCCUCAUCAUGAUGGAGAGCAUGCGCCAGGAUGUCUUUCCUCUCCAGCAAGGCUCGCCCUUCCACGGACUGCUCAUGAAGUCCCACGAGCCGGAAGACCAUGACCGCGCGAAUGCCAUGUAUUCUCUCGUCUCCCCUAACUUCGAGAAGCUUACUGGCCAGCCGGGGAACUUCAGGAAAUCGUCGGGCGCGCCCUUCACGCCACCUGCGGGACCCAAGUGGACGGAAAGGUACGACCCGGCGCUGGGUGGUAUCAACAUCCUCGGCGGUCUAACCACGGCGUCCGUCUCGACCAAGAGUGUCGGCGUCAUGCACUGUGGCAGUUGGCCUCUGCCUGUGGAUAUGUUUGAGGAAACCCGAUCCACGUGGUAUCAGCCUUGCUUUCCCCAGGUUCUGCAGUUGUUCAACCGAAUGAAGCCGACAUCGAGAGGACCAGACUACCGCGAUCAACAGUGGAGCCUCGCCUCGUUCCAAUCCGUCACGGACGGGUAUGACAGGCAGAAUGUCUUCAACAAGAUGGUGGGGUUCCAACAUACCGUUUCCAAGCAUCGGAUCGAAAAAGACGCGAGAAAGAACUCCAUCAAGCUGGAGAAGAUCAAUUACUUUGGAUACCCCGAAACCGUGCUGCGGAGCUACCUUCGCGACUACAUUUCCAACGCCACGGCGGACAACCAGCGCAUGUUCAUAUCGCACUUCACCAGCACCACGCACCAUCCGUGGAAUACGCCCAAGUCGUUCGACUUCAAGAAGUACAUGGGGCCGGCCGGACUGGGAGACAAGCACCGCGACAUGAAUAAGUAUCUCAACGCCGUGCAUUGGACCGACGAAUGGCUGGGCGAGUUGAUGCAGAUGUUCGAGGAUACCGGCAUCGCGAAUGAAACCCUCGUCAUCUUCGUCGGUGACCAUGGCUCGGCCUUUCUCGAGGAUGACAAGAAGACGGGAACGUAUCAGAACGGACACAUCACCAACUUCCACGUGCCCAUCACCUUCCGACACCCGCACAUCCCCCGGGUUCAACACACCGUCAAUGUAACAUCCGUGUCCAUCGUGCCGACCAUUCUCGACCUCCUCAUCAGCACGAAGUCCCUCAACGCGAAGGACACGGCUGCCGCAUCCGACAUCCUCUACGACUACGAAGGCCAGUCGUUAAUUCGAACCUACAAGAAAUCCCACCGUGGCCGAAGGGCCUGGAACUUUGGUCUCGUGAACCCGGGCGGACGGAUUCUCACGAUAACGUCUGCAGAUACUCCCUGGAGACUAAUCAUGCCUCUGGAUGGCAAGACAGAAUACGGCUUUACCGACACUGGGAUAGACCCUCUCGAAAGCGAACGCCUUGUGAAGUGGUCCGUCUCGGGUCUUGCCGCCGACGUCAAGAAGAAGUAUGGCCCGGAGGCUGCGAAGUGGGUGACAGAAGCAGAGGCGGUAGGAACCUGGUGGGUCAUGGAGCGGAAGCGUCUCUGGCAAUACUCCAAGGCGGUUUAG